AUGACGCUCAAGGAGGAGUUUGCGACUCGCAACUUCAGCAUUUACGGACAAUGGCUUGGUGUACUCUCCAUGAUCCUGUGCUUAGCACUUGGCAUUGCCAACAUCUUCACCAUCCACCUUCUGAUUAUCAUCUUUUGCGCCCUCGCCAUCGCGUCUUCUUUGGUCAUCCUCUUUAUUGAGAUCCCCCUGUUGCUCCGUAUCUGCCCUACCUCGUCCACCUUCGAUGGCCUUAUCCGCAAGAUUUCGACCAACUACAUGCGUGCUGGCGCCUACGCUAUCAUGGCCGUCAUCCAGUUCCUCAGCACUAUCAUCAACACCACCAGCUUGAUCGCCGCUGGUGUCUUCCUUUCCUUGACCGCCAUCUGCUACCUGCUUGCCGGCAUCAAGGGCCAGGCCUUCGUCGGCAGCAAGACCCUUGGUGGCCAGGGUGUUGCCCAGAUGAUUGUCUAA